UUUUAUAAUCAAUUCACUGUCUCAAUCGAAAGCCCCAAAGCUAAACCCUAAACCAAUCCGAUUCCGGAAUGAAAGUAGCGGAGAAGAUUGUUUUCCUCUGGAACGAUCCCCAUGGCUUUGCCACUGCCAUUAUUGGUGCUUUAAACCCUAACCUUAAUUCCUCUCUUCGCAUACUAGAAGAACCCUUCGAGCUUCCGUUGGAUAAGUAUGGUAUUGGAGAUGUCAGCGCCAGCGGAAAGAUCAUUCAUUUCGUCGAUGAAAAUGGUGUUUUCCAGGUGUCGGUGUUGCUUCUCCAAAGCUAUGAGCCUCCCACGACAGCGUGUGCAAUCAAUGAGCUACUGGACCAAAUUACAAGGGGAUUGUCGACUCUGCCGACAGUGGUGGCUCCUUUUCUAGUGGCGGCUUCGAAGCUUAAGUUUCAGAACAGAUCUCUUGCAUCACGUAGCGAAAAUGCUAAUCUUUGUUAUGUGCAACUUGGUCCAGAAACUGGGAUUAGUAAAUUAUGUGCUUCUCGCAUACAGAGACCACCACCAUUACUGCAGAUCCAUUAUGAACCAUUGUCAUGCUUUCUUCAACUGGCCCGUGUCUUAAGAAUGCCUACCACUGUUCUUAUCGGGCAAAGAAGUACCGCCAUAUCCAACAAAGCUCUAGAGGAAGAGCUUCAGGUAAUCCAUGAAAUAGGAGAGCUUGUGGCAAGUUCCACAGGUUUGUGUUUCUCGAGAGAUGGAAUCAAGUGGAACGUGCCGAAGACGUCGAAAGAAGGAGGAGAAGAGAAGCCUUGGCUUUCCCUAUAUGGAUAAUCCCCAGGUCAGAUCUUUUCAUUCACAUCUCUCCCCACUUCUUGAUGCUUCAUUGUCUCUCUUACACAUUUUUGUGGCCCUUUUACUGAAACAGCCUUUGUCAAGACUUUUUUUUAUACGCUGCAGAAUCAAAAACAUUUUCAUUUUGGGGAAAUGGGUUUUUUUUUA